CAUUUCAUGGAAUAUAUCUUAUUAAGAACAUAUCUGUUUUGGGCAAGUUUAACCACCAAUGGCUCUGAGGAAACUCAAACAACACUCUUUCUGGUAUAUUUGCUUCUGUUACUGCAUAAUCUCUUCUUAUGCAGAAACAGACACAUUAAAACAAAGCGAUCAACUAAAAUAUGGUGAGUUUUUAGUUUCAGCAGGAAAAGUCUUCACAUUAGGAUUCUUCAACCUACAAAAAGAGCAGGAAAUUGGAUACUUCAACCCAGAAAAUGCACAGAUUUGCUACAUAGGAAUAUGGUACACUUAUGACCAAUCUAAGAAACCAGUGUGGAUUGCGAACCGAAACAAACCCAUCUCUAAAACUUCUGGAGUACUUAAAAUUGACAGCAAUGGUGACUUCAAGAUCAUAGACAAAGGUUUGACACGCAUGAUAUUGAAAUCCAGUGAAGGGGUCGCUAGAAGAGUUGCUAUGCUUCAAGAUACCGGAAACUUUGUGUUACAAGAGCUUAACUCAAAUAACUCCACAAGAGACAAAGUCUUAUGGCAGAGCUUUGAUUAUCCAACUGACACACUUCUUCUUGGAAUGAGACUAGGAUUUAACAUCAAAAAUGGCCAAAAAUGGUCUUUGACUUCAAGAGUAAGUGAUAAAUUUCCGGCACCAGGGUCGUUCUCACUUGGUCUCGACCCAAAUGGUACUAGCCAGUUGAUCAUCUGGAGAAGAGGGGAAAUUCAAUGGAAAAGCGGAAUUUGGAAAAAUGGGAAAUUUCCAAAUCUUAGAGACUUCCUUUAUAAGUUUGAUUAUGUCUCAAAUGAUGAUGAAAGAUAUUUUACUUUGUCUGCAGAGAGCACCUGGCAGUGGCGGUACAUCAGUUUCCCGAUGUAUCAAAUAGAUCACAAAGGUGCAGUACUUCAUUUUCAGAGCUCUACAUCGAGUAGACCACAAUACUUGAGAUCAGAAAGAUCAGAGAAUACUCUGACCACUGUAGUUGAUUGCAAAUCAUUCCCCUACCCAGGGUGUUUAGAGCCGAAGCUGCCGCGAUGCAGGAACAAUAGCUUCUUCUACAGCAGCAGGGGUUAUGCACUAUCUGAAGGGUUACAGUAUGGUAAGGGAAACCAAAUUUUGGGUAUGGCUGAUUGUGAAGAUAAGUGCUUGAAAAACUGCUUUUGUGUUGCUUAUGCUUCUAUCUACCCAAAUGGAACCGGGUGCGAGCUCUGGAGUAAUCUUACACAAUUAGUACAAGAUCCAUAUCCAUAUGUUUCUCAGAGGGAGUUGUACAUCCAACAAGAAUACGGAGAAAACAAAAGAAAGAGAUCCUUGUGGUGGGUGUGGCUUAUAGUAGCAACAGCUAGCUUCCUGCUGCUCCUCUCAACAGCAUGGUUAGGUUAUUACAUGCAGAGGACACUUCUCAAACUAGCACAAUGUGUCGGCGUGCUAGGUUAUGAUGUUCAACAAAGCCUCGUAGCAUAUCUCACACAGUUAUAUGUUCGUCUUCAUAGCAUCAGCAAAAGAGCUGGAGCAAGCCGAUUAGAGGAGAGGAUAUCACUUACUGGUCUAGAUUCCAGUGCUGGACACUCUAAAAGGUUCGGGAGAAAGAGAAAGCUCAGAAUUGGCAAGAACAACCAUGGAAUGCAAGUGUUCAGCUUCGAAAGCAUGGUUCAAGCAACCGAUAACUUCUCGCCUUCAAAUGAGAUAGGACAGGGUGGAUAUGGGAUAGUCUACAAGGGAAUAUUAGCUGAUAAUCAAGAAAUAGCAAUUAAGAGGCUUUCGAAAACAUCAAAGCAAGGUAAAUUGGAGUUCAUGAAUGAAGUUAAGCUUGUUGCCAAAUUACAACACACCAAUCUUGUCAAGCUCAUUGGGUGCUGCAAUGAGCAAGGAGAGAAGAUGGUUGUAUACGAAUACAUGCAUAACAAAAGCUUGGAUUACUUCCUAAAUGAUCCAGGCAGAAAAUUGCUUCUUGAUUGGAAGAAGCGUUUCAACAUCAUCGAGGGAGUAGCUCAAGGACUCCUAUACCUACACAAAUACUCAAGAUUGAAGAUAAUUCAUCGAGACUUAAAAACAGGAAACAUAUUACUAGAUCAGGAAAUGAAUCCAAAAAUCUCAGAUUUCGGAAUGGCAAGACUCUGUCAGCAAGACGAAUCAGGAGCAAAUACCCAAAGAGUCGUAGGGACACUCGGUUAUAUGCCUCCGGAAUAUGCAAUGGAUGGAUACUUUUCAGUCAAGUCUGAUGUUUUCAGCUUCGGGGUAUUACUGUUAGAGAUGAUUAGCAGCAAGAAGAACAAUAAAUCUUACAGCUCAGACCGCCCACUUCCCCUUAUUGGCUAUGCAUGGGAGUUGUGGACAGAGAACAGAAGUUCAGAGCUGAUUGACCAAACCUUGAUUUUGGGCAAUCGUGAUCAUGAAGAAGCAAUGAAGUGCAUCAAUGUCGGUCUUUUAUGCGUGCAAGAAAACCCAGAAGACAGACCCACCAUGUCAACUGUCGUAACUAUGAUCGCUAGUGAGGCUAAUCAACUCCCUGAACCAAAGAAACCUGCAUUUUUUAUAGGCAGAGAUUUGACAAAGGCAGAACAUUCCCAAUAUGAUCUAGAGCAGGGUUCUUUGGAUGAUGCAUCAAUCUCAGAGAUGGAAGCUCGGUAACAUUAUGUCAUCCUACAACAUUUAAUUUGAUGAGUAUUACUCGAAAUAGCGAGUGACCAAGUGCUUGAGAUGGUUGUGAGAGCAACCACUACUGCCUGUCCGCCUCCGUCUUUUUUUAGUUGCUACAUUUUGACUGUGGGCAUUAUUCACAUGAUAACUUUGACUGUCUUUAAAUUUAUAUACAUACGGAAAAACAUAAUAAUGUUGGAUCUUGUUUGAUUAAUCCCAAUUUGUAUUUUUCAAAUAUAUAAUUUUUAUAAUUUUUUCAUAUAUGUAAUUCAAGAUAUUGAUGUUUAAAGUUA